UUCACCGUGGUCAGAUUCCUAAACAAGUAACGGAACCGGGCAUCGCCGGCUGCUUGCCACAAAGUUGUUUUGUGAAGAACAUUAGACUAAAUGUAGAGACUGGAGAGGAGCUCCUUGGCGUAUUGUUUGAAAGGAAGAACAUUAACAACAAAUCUGAACUUCAUUUUGCUGUGCGUCAUGAUUUCCAAACACAGGCCGCCGCCAAGUGACAGAGGAGAACUUUUUCACGGUUAUCGUCGAUAAAACAACUGGAAGCUGAAUGGAGACAAAACAGCGCGGUGAAUAAAGACAUGAAUUUCGGGGUCCCCGCGAAUUCGCGGCUACUUUUACGUGCCUGCGAUGAGGGGGACUAUGAAACGGCCCGGGGCAUCCUGGAGCCCGGAGCCCCUAAGGAGUCCGGGCGGCAGAGCAGGCUGCGAUCAGAAGCGGGUUCGGAGUGUGACGCCGCGGACAUGUUGUCUCUGGUACCUGUGGACUGCACCGACGAAGAGGGAAACACCGGCCUACAGUUCGCCUCGGCCAGCGGCCACGAGAACCUGGUCCGGUUCUUGUUGAGAAAGGGGGCCUCAGUGGACAGCCGCAACAACUACGGCUGGACCCCACUGAUGCAGGCUGCGAGGUUUGGCCACUUGACUGUCGCCCACAUUCUUUUGGAGAACGGGGCAGAGAUUAAUGGGCGCAACAGACUUGGAGCAAGCGUCCUGACCAUGGCGGCUCGCGGGGGACACACUCAUGUAGUCAAGCUGCUUCUGGAAAGCGGUGCAUACGUGGAUGACUUUGAUCACCUGGCUGUCGCCGCAGAGGCGGUCUCCAAUGGCAACAACAACAACAGCUGCAGCGGAUCUGGUUUUGGACCUGGUGAAGGCUGUCUGGGAGGAGGAGGAGGUGGCAGAGAAUUCAUGGACAUCACAGCGUUGAUGGUGGCAUCUCAGCACGGUCAUGAGGCCGUUGUGUGCCUGCUGCUGGAGUGGGGCUCUGAUGUAAACUUCGCUCAGAAGACCACUGGCUGGGGACCACUGAUGCUGUCCACUCUAAGUGGGAAGGUGGCUGUGGCUCAGCAGCUGGUGGAACGUGGAGCGGACCCAGACCGAAUCAACGUUCUGUCCAAGACAGCCUUUGAACUGGCCAUGCAGCUGAAACAGAGAGACAUCAAGGCUUAUUUGGACUCCAUCACUACUGUCAGACCACAGACAGAUGAUGAGAGAAGAAGGCCAGAUGUGUUCAGCGCUCUGAAAUUAGGAAAUUCACAGCUGGUCAAAGAAAUCCUGGAGGAGGAUCCUGCUCAGGUGAAUUUGUCCAAUCAGGAGGGAGCAACGCCUCUCAUGAUGGCAGCAGUAAGCGGCCAGUUAGAGGUGGUUCAGCUGAUGGUGGAGAAGAAUGCAGACAUAGAUAAACAAGACGGUGUCCAUGGGUGGACCGCUUUAAUGCAGGCCACCUACCACGGCAAUAAAGACAUUGUCAAGUACCUGUUGAAUCAAGGUGCUGAUGUCAACCUCCGAGCUAAGAAUGGAUACACAGCGUUUGAUUUAGUUAUGCUGCUCAAUGAUCCAGACACUGAGCUGGUACGUCUGUUAGCAUCCGUGUGCAUGCAGGUAGACAAAGAUAAGUCGAAACACCGCACCAGAACUUUAAUGACGCGCUCCAAGAGUCGACAGUCCCUCAACAAUGUCCCCUUGCCACCCGAUGACAAAGGAGGCCUUAAGUCCUGGUGGAGUAGGAUGUCGAACCGCUUCCGUCGGCUCAAGUUAACUCACACCCUCAGGCAUGGCCUUUCAGCCAAUCGCCUGGCUCCAUUUCCAGAUGAUGCCGAAAGUUCACUGGAUGCCACGAUGAAGGCGAACAGGAAGCCCACUGCUGUGUCCAAUGGGGCGGUGGCACCUACUCCUGCUGUGGCAGGGAAUGAUAUGAGCACCGCCUGGGCAGUGAAGACCAAAGAUGGUGCAGGUCAUUGCAGAACAUCCUCAGAGAAAGACGACUUUCUAAUAACCACAAUGUUGAGAAGCGGUGCCCCCUUGACUCGGCUGCCAAAUGACAAGCUGAAAGCAGUGAUUCCUCCCUUCUUGCCACCCUCCAACUUUGAGCCGUGGAACUCGGACCGCUCACGCGUCCUCAGGGAGGGCAAGAGCGAAGUGCCCCGCCUGCCCAUGCCACCACAGAGGAAGCUGAACAGCAGUGGAAACUCAGAUAUUACAUCCAUCAGCCGUGUGGUCAGCAGGUCCAUUAAGUUUCCCAGUAUCCCCAAGGGACCAUCUUCAUCCUCUCCUUCCAACUCUGGUCACUAUCACUCCCCCCACUCCUCUGGAGGCUCAAAUGGAGUGGCGGGACUCAACCGGGACUCCCACAACCGUUCAGGGGGCAGUGCAGACAGCGUGCUCUCCCAGAUAGCAGCCCAACGUAAAAGAGCAGCUGGCCUUAUAGAGGUAAAGAGCCAACCUCCGGAAAAACAGCACAACCAGACGCCGAGUCAAGCCCCACCACCACCACCAGUUUCAGCACCUGGUUUGCCCCUGCCUGACAUCAGCCUUCCUGACAUUCACACCCAUCCCAGCCUUGUUGCCUCAGACAUCCAUUCCAGAAAGAAAAUGGAGUUGAAAAAGAGACCUCAGUCUGGGAAUUCCUCCACUUCCAAGAGCACAUCGCCCACUCUCACACCGUCUCCUUCACCAACACCCAAGAUUCCCCCCGUGCCAGGAGACUCUCUGUCCUCAGCCUCUUCUCAUCCACGCUCCAAGAGCAGCGGAGGAUCCAGCAGCGGAACCAUCACAGAUGAAGAUGAGCUGUCCAGUAUUUUGAAGAAACUGUCCCUUGAGAAAUACCAGCCUAUAUUUGAGGAACAAGAGGUGGAUAUGGAAGCAUUCCUGACUUUAACCGAUGGAGACCUGAAGGAGCUGGGCAUCAAAACAGAUGGACCCAGACAACAGAUCUUGGCUGCCAUAUCAGAGCUCAAUGCUGGAAAGGGUAGAGAGAGGCAGAUCCUUCAAGAGACCAUUCAUAACUUCCAGUCUUCUUUUGGUAGCAGUGCCAGUAACCCCAGGCAACCAGGACAAUCACGCUCUCCAACAAGCUGGAUGAGACACCAGGUUCGUUCCUCCAGCAAAAGGUAACCCUAUCGACUUGAUGCACAUGUGGAAGAAAACCAAAGGUACUUAGAGUAAGAGUAAAGUGCUGCUGACACCCUGCCAAGAUGCGAACGACAUGGAGACUUGGUGCGCGUGUUCUUGACCAGUAGAGGUCUCAGUGCAAGAGGACCAUGCAUCAAAAAGGCCAAUCAGGUUGUAAUAAACUGCCUGUGUCGGACCCUCCUGGACCAAACUGUCUCUGUCAUGGAUUAUAAAGCAGGGGUUCAGUGCCCUGCUGCUUUUAACAAGCACAUGAUGUUACCACGGUAUGAGGCUUUCAUGGUACAGUGAUGUCAGGAAAGUGCAUUACACAGAUGUUAAAGUCAGGUACAAGGAACCUUAAAGGUAAUAAAAGAUCAUUUUUUCUAUUUCUUUGGUUGACCAAAGGCUUUAUUGAAAGUAAAAAUUAUUUUUAAAUGCUAAAGAAGUUAUGAGUAAAGCUAAUCAUCGUUAGAAAUAAAUAGAUAAAAUAAAUAAUAGUUUGUGUGUGUGGCUGAAGCUGACGAGUCUGGCAGAUAGUAAGAAAGAAGAGCCUCUGUCGUGUUGCUUCUUUCAGUAGUCUGGAUGAGUAAACAGUGUGAUAACUGUCAAUUUUCAUACAUUGUAUACCGUGAAAAACAGGAAACCCACUGCCACCUUAGCUGCAAAAUAUACUUUGGUCUGAAUAAUGCAGCAGCUAACAGCAGCUGGGUAAAGCAGGGAGUCGGGAUAGUGAAAGACAAGAAUGUUACACACAGCAGAGGAAGUGAGUGCGAGCCAUGAGAGAUUUUUAUUUUGUCUCGACGAAUGUGAGAAAUGCAGCAGAUGUAUUGUAUAAGUUGCAGGUGAAGUCGAGAGGAAAGAACUAGCUGUUAGCUAGCGAGACUGUGACUGAGAUUUAUAGGCUGUGCUACAACUGAGAAGGUGCACUGAUGAGGAGCGCUGAUGGAGAAGUGAAAGUGAACUAUUUUUAGUCAGCCAGUCCCCGGGACUGCUUUAUACUAGUUUAUGUGUUGAAUCUUUAAACCACUAAUGUACACAGAUGACUUUAUUAGAGACUGUGCUGUCAUGAAUAAAUAAAACAUUACGAUGAUGUAACAACA